ACAUCAAAACUGGAAGGAAAAUCACUUCGGAAUCUCUCUGCACUCACUCUCUCUCUGAGCGCAAGGUGCUCUCCGUGUCAGGAAAAAAGAACCCCUAGUUUUCAUUUUCCUGACGUAAAUUCUACAACCCAUUGCAAUGGCUCCACAGAGAAGAUUGUAGCAGCAUUGCCCUUUGGCAAAAUAGCUUCAAUUAUUCACAAGGAUGGCUCAAUCGGAAAUCAAUCUCGAAAAUGGUGCUGAGAAAACGGUGUGGUCGGAAGAGUACGAGCGGGUGCCUCUGAAACAAAGGCUGAAGUUGCUACUGGCGAGUCAUCGUGUAUCCGUUGAUUCGGAGUUGAAAUCGGAGCGUCAAAUCCCGGUUUUACCACCAAAUGUGGGUGUUGCCGCGGCAGAGAAAAGGGAGAAUGGUCACUGUGACAUACAGCAUUUACAGUCCGGUUGCUCUGCUGAGGAACAAGUGAUUGAGACGGUAGAAAGGCAUGCAGGAGAGCUGGGAGAUUCUAACCAUCAUGAAAAUUUAUCGUUGAAGGUUGAGUGUGCUGGCAACUGUGUCGAGAGUCCUUCAGCCACCUAUCUGAAUGGAUCCAUCCUGGCUGGGAGCCAAACAGUUAUAUCUGAACAUGAGAUGGGUGAUGAAUCUCUUGAUGAACUUGAUCAUGUAGUAUUAAAGGAACGGUUGAAGAGACUUCUAACAAGUAAAUGCUUGGGUUCUGCAUCAACUAAGGCGGAGGAGAAUUCUGCUGCAGUUGUAAAAGGAGAACUGCUAUUUGGUGAUCAAAGGCAUGUGCCUGGGAAUCAAAUUCAUGAUAUUGAUAGGACUUCGAUAUCUUCUUCAAAAGAUACUGUGAAUUUGUCCUGUAAACCCAGUGAAGCAUUGGGUCAAUUCUCUGGAGGAAACAGAUCCACUUGUCCAGAUUCAUUGGGUAUUUGGAGAAAUGAUAUGGGGUGUUCUUCUGAAAAGGAAUUCUUCAAACAUAAAUCAGGAGGAAAGACUCUUCUGUCUGGUGCUGUUAGGACUGUGCAAGGUUCAGCCAUAUCAAACUUAGCAAUGAUCAAAAUUGAACCACCAAAUUACGAUGAAUUCCAGAGCUCCAAUGUGACUACACCAGGUCAAAUGUCCUUUAGGAACUUGGUUCCUGUGAAAACUGAAGUUCAAGUUGCUGGUAAUGCAGAUGAAGAUGAAUUGGAUCAUAUGUUGCUGCGAGAACGGAUGAAAUUGCUGUCAUCAAGUGAUGGUCCUAGUUUGGAUAUUCACCAGGGUUCGGAGUGCUUUAGCAAAAUGAUUCCUUCUGCCUUGGGCUGUAGACCAGUUGCAUCAAAACCUUCUCUGUCACUGAAAGUCAACUGCCCAAGAAAAAGGCGGAAAACUGUGACGGAUUCAAUUGAGACUGCCAUGGAGGAAGAUGCUCCUGGGCUCUUGCAGGUCUUGAUUGAUAAAGGUGUUUCAGUUAAUGAGAUUAAGCUUUAUGGUGAACCAGAAAGCAAUGAUGCUUUGGAUGAUUCGUCCACCAAUGAUAACUUUGCUGAGCUUGAAGUAGUUAUUUCGAAGCUUUUCUCUCAGCGAGCCUCAUUAUUAAAGUUCAGUCCACUGCGAUGCGCUAGGGGGGAGAAGGCUAGUUACUGUUUGGAAUGUCUAUUUUCACUUGUGGAGCAGGCACGAUAUCUACAAUUUCGUAAUUGGCCAGUUGAAUGGGGAUGGUGUCGGGACCUCCAGUCAUUUAUCUUUGUCUUUGAAAGACAUAACAGGAUAGUGCUUGAACGUCCUGAAUAUGGCUAUGCGACAUACUUCUUUGAAUUGGCAGAUUCCUUGCCCAUAGAUUGGCAGAUCAAACGACUAGUAAUUGCCAUGAAGCUAACCAGUUGUAGUAGGGUUACCUUAAUUGAGAACAAAGCAUUGAUGGUUGGUGAUGAUUUGUCCAAUGGAGAAGCACGGGUGUUAAUGGAAUAUGGUUGGGUACCAAACACUGGUCUUGGAACGAUGCUCAACUACUAUGACCGAGUUGUCCAUGACAGGAAGACUGAGAGGAGCUCUGAGUGGAGAUCAAAAAUUGGGAAGCUGCUUAUGGAUGGUUAUAAUGGAGGUACUAUAAUCUCAGCUGGUAUUCCAGGAAAGGUUGCUGAAUAUAAUGUCGCUCAACCCCAGGAGAUUAAGCUAGAGCUUAGUUGAGGUUAGUCUAAUUCUAAAAAACUUGUAAAUUUUUGUCAAUAGAAAUCAGCGUGUAGCACAGCUUGUAUCUUUUCCUGCACUAAUCUAUACAGAUGAAUAGUUCAACUAAUUUCUGCAUUUACACCCUUUCCUUGUUAGAAUGUUAGUAGGUACUUAUUUCUCCAGGGGCAAAUGGAUUAAAAACUUAAUGGCCGUCGUGCUUUAUACAUCUAAUAGGUCACAUUUCCUGUAAUUCUUGUAAGUGCAUUACACCAUCUGUCUUCAUUUGGUGGUUCAGCUGACUGAGAGAUUGAUUCUUACUAGAUUCGAUGAGAUGGAAACAAGUUCACUUUUGUUUCUCUAA